CUAAUCUAUACAAAUGCUGUUUUCUUUGGUAAGAUCCACAGCUCAUCAUCAUAUGCACCAGGCCAGGAAUUUCUUGAAAAUAACAUCAGAGUAAAACCAGAUUUAGAUGCCCUCGGGGCAUUGGGAGAUGCAGGCUGGUACUGCAUUGGCGCGAUAUUGUGGGCUAUGAACCAAACUUUGCCAACGACUGUGACUGCACUGCCUAAUGUUGCAAGAAACUCAGCUGGAGUUAUCUUAACAUGUAGUGCCUCCUUGUAUUGGGAAAAAGAGGAAACCGUUGCUACAUUUUACUGCUCUUUCAUUGCACACGAGACAAUGGACUUGCGAGUUUAUGGCUCUAAUGGGACAUGUUAUCUCUAUGACUUCAUUAUCCCGUUUGGAGAGGACUCUGCUUCGUUCAAUUUCACAUCUGGUGCUAAGUUUGUGGAUCUUCAUAUCGGAUGGAAUGUGAAACCUCAGGUAGUUGAAGUAACUUCUCAGUUACCACAAGAGGGUUAUAUGAUUCAAGAAUUUGCUAACCUGGUUAAGGCCAUUAAAGUUUCGAGAAGCAAACCUGAGAGCAAAUGGCCUCAUACUAGCAGAAUCACUCAGCUCAUGCUCGAUGCUGUGAACAAAUCUAUAGACACCGGUUUCCAGCCAGUUCAUAUGUAA